AUCACAAACCCUAGAGAGUCGAAACAGAACAGAAAAAGAGAGGGAAAAAAAAGGAAAAGGAGAAGGAAAAGAAAAAAGAAAAAAGAAAAAAAAAACGAAAACGGCCAGCAAAUAAAUUCCAUUAGAACGCCUCCUAAAACACUUCGCAUUAUAAAGAUCCGUGAAUUGAUCUGAAUCCCAUAAUAAAAAGGUAAGCUUUCUGAGAACUCAAUCUCGAUCUCACUCUCUCAAAUCGUUUCCCUUCCAUUGCUCUGUGUUGUUCUUCGCUUCGUAUCACAAACCCCACAAAAACCCUUGAAGAAUUUUGUUCCCAAUCUACCUUUUUCUUUAUGUAAUCACUGGCUUCCAGUGAUUCUGCAAAAGUUGUUGAUAAAUAUCUUUCUUGUUUGAUUUUGGGUUGUGGGUUUGUGGGUUUUUAAGCGCCAUGGAUGACUUGGAGAAAGCAAUACUUAUCAUGUUUGAUGAAACGAGCAAUGUGGACUCCAACUUAAAAUUAAAGGCUAAUGAGUAUUGUGAUAAGGCCAAAGAGGAAUCGGCAAUAUGUAGUGUGUGUGUUGAGAAGCUUUGUUUUUCGAACAUUGUUCAGGUUCAGUUUUGGUGUUUGCAAACACUUCAUGAGACUAUUCGGGUUCGUUAUUCGUGGAUGAGUCUAGAUGAGAAGUACUUCAUUCGGAAGUCGGUGUUUUCCAUCGUGUGUUUGGAGGGUAUUGAUGAGAAUCACGCACUUAGAAUCUUACGGGGUCCUGCUUUCAUUAAGAACAAACUUGCUCAAGUUAUGGUAACACUAAUUUACCUUGAUUACCCGAUGAAUUGGCCUUCUGUUUUUGUUGAUUUCUUAUCUCAUUUGAGAAAAGGGCCUGUGGUGAUUGAUAUGUUCUGUCGGGUUCUUAAUACAUUGGAUGACGAGUCAAUUAGCAUGGAUUACCCUAGGACGCCUGAGGAAGUGACAGCCGCAGGGCGGAUUAAGGAUGCUAUGAGACAGCAGUGUGUAUCUCUUAUAGUUGGAGCCUGGUAUGACAUUUUGUCCAUGUAUAAGAAUUCCGAUCAAGAAUUAUGUGCAAGUGUGUUGGAUGCAAUGAGAAGAUACAUAUCUUGGAUUGACAUUGGGUUAAUAGUAAACGAUAUGAUUUUGCCAUUGUUAUUUGAGUUAACUUUAGUAGAUGGGCUGCUGGAACAACUUCGUGGAGCUGCAGCAGGGUGUUUACUGGCAGUUGUUUCGAAGCGGAUGGAUCAUCAGGCAAAACUAACCCUGUUGCAGAGUCUUCAAAUAAGUCGGGUUUUUGGUCUGGUUGCUGCCGAAGACAGUGACUCCGAGUUGGUCUCCAAGGUGGCUAGCUUACUUACAGGUUAUGCAGUUGAGGUUUUGGAGUGUUUUAAACGGUUGAAUUCUGAAGAUUCUAAGAGCAAUUCUUUGGAGCUGCUAAAUGAAGUUUUGCCGUCUGUUUUCUAUGUAUUACAAAAAUGUGAGUUGGACUCUGCUUUUAGCAUUGUGCAAUUCCUUUCUGGUUAUGUUGCCACCAUGAAGAGCCUUUCUCCACUGACGGAGAAACAACUACUUCACGUGAGUCAAAUAUUAGAAGUGAUCCAGGCACAAAUCUGUUAUGAUUCUGUAUACCGGGACAAUCUUGAUAUCUUAGAUAAGAUUGGGAGAGAAGAAGAGGAUAGAAUGGUGGAGUUUAGGAAGGAUUUAUUGGUACUUUUGCGUAGUGUGGGUCGUGUGGCACCUGAUGUUACUCAAUUGUUUAUUAGAAGUUCAAUCGUAAGUGCUGCUUCUUCUUCAUCAGAUCGGAAUGUUGAAGAGGUAGAGGCUUCACUUACACUUUUCUUUGCAUAUGGGGAGUCAAUUAGUGAUGAGGUAUUGAGAAAUGGAAGUGGACUUAUCGGGGAGUUGGUAACAAUGCUUUUAUCCACACGGUUUUCUUGCCAUUCUAACAGGCUAGUUGCACUUAUGUAUUUGGAAACAAUUUUCCGAUAUAUAAAGGUAGUUCAGGAGAAUUCUCAAUUUAUUCCCGUUGUUUUGGCUGCCUUUCUUGAUGAAAGAGGCAUACACCAUCCCAACAUCAACGUUAGUAGAAGGGCAAGUUAUCUAUUCAUGAGGGCUGUGAAACUUCUAAAAGUGAACCUCGUUCCUUACAUUGAGACAAUUUUAACGAGUCUACAAGAUACCGUUGCACGAUUUACAAGCUCAAAUUUUGCAUCAAAUGAACUUUCAGGGUCUGAAGAUGGAAGCCACAUAUUUGAGGCAAUUGGCUUACUGAUUGGGAUGGAAGAUGUUCCAUUGGAAAAGCAAUCUGAUUAUUUGUCAUCUUUGCUCAAGCCACUUUGUCAACAGGUUGAGGGGGUGCUAAUGAAUGCUAAGUCAUUAACUCCAGAAGAGGCUACUGCAAAGAUUGCUACCAUUCAGCAAAUAAUUAUGGCCAUUAAUGCACUCAGCAAGGGGUUCAACGAGCGCCUAGUCACAACAAGUCGGCCUGCAAUUGGUUUGAUGUUCAAACAGACAUUGGAUGUUCUUCUCCAAGUUCUUGUUGCAUUUCCUAAAAUAGAACCUCUACGGACUAAGGUCCUCUCUUUUAUACAUCGAAUGGUGGAAACUUUAGGCGCAUCUGUAUUUCCCUAUCUUCCAAAGGCUUUGGAGCAGUUGCUUGCAGAAAGUGAGCCGAAGGAGUUGGUUGGUUUCCUUGUGUUACUUAAUCAACUAAUCUGCAAGUUCAGCACUUCGGUCCAUGGGAUUUUGGAGGAUGUAUUUCCAACAAUUGCUAGUCGGAUAUUUAACAUUAUACCAAGAGAUUCACUUCCUUCAGGACCAGGAACCAAUAUUGAGGAAAUUCGUGAACUACAAGAGCUUCAGCGAAUAGUCUAUACAUUUCUUCAUGUGAUCACCACACAUGAUCUCUCUUCUGUCUUUCUAUCCCCUAAAAGCAGAAGCUACCUGGAACCAAUGAUGCAGUUGCUUUUAAAUACAUCGUGUAAUCAUAAAGAUAUUCUUGUUAGAAAGGCAUGUGUACAGAUAUUCAUUAAAUUAAUCAAGGACUGGUGUGCCCGGCCUUCUGGAGAAGAAAAGGUGCCUGGCUUCCAAAGUUUUAUAAUCGAGGGCUUUGCAACAAACUGUUGCUUGUACAGCGUACUUGACAAAUCAUUUGAAUUACAUGAUGCAAAUACUCUAAUUUUGCUUGGAGAAAUAGUAGUGGCCCAAAAGGUUAUGUAUGAGAAAUUCGGGCAGGAUUUUCUUUUCCAUUUUGUAUCAAAGGGUUUUUUAACUGCACACUGCCCUCAAGAUUUGGCCGAGCAGUAUUGCCAAAAGUUGCAGGGUAGCGACAUUAAGGCGUUAAAGUCAUUUUACCAGUCACUUAUAGAAAGUUUAAGAGUUCAACAGAAUGGAAGUCUCGUUUUCAGAUAGCAUUGCCACUUGGAUGAAAUAAGUUAAUAAUAUUUCCUGAGAACUCCAUUUUGUGGUGUUUGUUCUGAAAUAUGACUAGCAAUUUUGAUCACCAAGGGAUCUAUGUUGUAUAUACCUUUUUGGCGGCUAUUUAAUGAAUGAGUUGUACAUUGCCUGAAAAGACCUUAUCAACCACAGAAAGUUCAGUAAAGUUUGGUCGAAGUGGAGAUCUACUUAUUUUACGAGAUCAUGGUAUUUUUCUUUUGUCUAUACCAUUUGCUUAGGUUUUGUAUUUUCUUACAUCUUUUCGUCCGUUACGUUACAUUAUGACGAUUAUUUAAGACUCAAUAAAUUUUGUUCUUUGGUUUCUGGCUA